CGCCCGCAGCCCACCAUGACCGGGCCGAGGCUGGCCCUCGCCGCCGCGCUUCUCUGCAGCUGCACCUCGCCGGUGGCCGACGCCAACUCCUGGUGGUCUUUGGCCAUGAACCCCAUCCAGAGACCUGAGAUGUACAUCAUCGGCGCUCAGCCGGUGUGCAGCCAGCUGCCGGGGCUCUCCCCCGGGCAGCGCAAGCUCUGCCAGCUCUACCAGGAGCACAUGGUGUUCAUCGGGGAAGGGGCCCGCAGUGCCAUCAAGGAGUGCCAGUACCAGUUUCGGCAGCGGCGGUGGAACUGCAGCACAGUGGACAACACCUCUGUCUUUGGGCGGGUCAUGAAAAUAGGGAGCCGAGAGACUGCUUUCACCUAUGCCGUCAGUGCUGCCGGGGUGGUGAACGCGAUCAGCCGGGCUUGCCGUGAAGGAGAGCUCUCCAGCUGUGGCUGCAGCCGGACCGCACGGCCCAAGGACUUGCCCCGAGACUGGCUGUGGGGUGGCUGUGGGGAUAACGUGGAGUAUGGGUAUCGUUUUGCCAAGGAGUUCGUGGAUGCCAAGGAGAGGGAGAAGAACUACGUGAAAGGUUCUGAGGAGCAGGCUCGCAUGCUGAUGAACUUGCAGAACAACGAGGCUGGUCGCAGGGCCGUGUACAAGCUGGCGGACGUGGCCUGCAAGUGCCACGGUGUGUCUGGCUCCUGCAGCCUCAAGACCUGCUGGCUGCAGCUGGCUGACUUCCGCAAGGUGGGCGACCUGCUGAAGGAGAAGUACGACAGCGCCGCUGCCAUGAGGAUCAGCCGCAAGGGCAAGCUGGAGCUGGUGAACAACCGCUUCAACAUGCCGACGCAAGAGGACCUGGUCUACGUCGACCCCAGCCCAGACUAUUGCCUGCGCAAUGAGACCACUGGCUCGCUGGGCACUCAGGGCCGACUGUGCAACAAGACCUCAGAGGGCAUGGAUGGGUGUGAGCUGAUGUGCUGCGGACGGGGUUAUGACCAGUUCAAGAGCGUCCAGGUGGAGCGUUGCCACUGCAAGUUCCAUUGGUGCUGUUAUGUCAAGUGUAAAAAGUGCACAGAGAUCGUCGACCAGUACGUCUGUAAAUGAAAAGAGCCACCA